AUGUAUAGACAUCGUUGUCGACACGAUGAUGUUGUCGUCGACAUCGUCGACAUCAUUGUCGACAUCGUCGACGUCGUCGUCAACGUAGGUGCAGAGUUUUGGGCCAAAGGGGGGAUAUGGUCCAUUUCAUUUAACGGCUGUUUUGUCCAAAUGUUUUUUGUUCACUAUCUUGCUUCAGUGAACUCUUUUAUAUUUUUCCUCAUGGCUUCUGACAGGUAUUGUGCAAUCUGCCAUCCACUCAAAUAUACAGUUGUUUUUACAAAAAUCAGAAUAUUUAUUCUCAGUUUGGCUGCAUGGAUAAUUGCCAGUGUAAUUACAUCAAUGUUAUUUAGAGCAUAUCCUCUUCCUUAUUGUGGCUCAAAUGUAAUCAAUCACUGUUUCUGUGAUCAUAUUGGGAUAACAGUUCUGGCCUGCACUGACAGGACCCCACAUUCUGUACCAGCUUUUAUCAGUGCAAUGAUUGUACUGCUUGUCCCACUGGCUUUUAUAUUGUUCUCAUAUUGCUCCAUACUUAUGGAGGCAAGGAAGAUAUCUGGUUGGAAAAAUUGUCAAAAAUCUUGGUCAACAUGUAGCACUCAGCUGAUAAUAAUCUCACUUUAUUAUUUACCAAGAUGUUUUGUAUAUUUGGCCAGUGUUUUGGGGAUUAGUUUCAGUGCAGAUGUGCGUAUUGUAAUCGUAAUGCUUUAUAGCCUUGGUCCUCCAAUGGUCAAUCCUCUGAUUUACUGCCUGAGAGCGAAAGACAUAAAAAAAUGUUUGUGGAAGCAGUUUUACAGAAUUGUGCCUCCAAAAGUACAAGUUUUAACAAUUAGUAAAUGA